UUCGCGGCGUUCGACGGCACUCAGUGCAUUCGCUGGUCUGGCAUUUGUUGCGUUCAACAGCUGGGUUAGUCGGGUUAGUGAGUGAUCGACUUGCUGGCGUACGGUUUCGCGCUUUAUGUGAUGAUCGCAACGCGUAAGCUGCAUCGAUGACACUGGUCCGGACGUGAUCUUCGAUUCUCCAAACACGUUGACUUCGUGCGUACCCUCCGCACUAGUGUCGCAUACACUAUGCACAACAGUUACGACAUGAGGCAUCCCAGUGACGAUGCCACCGUUACGACGGUGCCGCAUCAGCGUAUGCACGAGCCGGAGUCGUCGGGGGCCAGGAAGGCCACUGAGAACACUACCCUGUCUCCCAACGACAAUCAGACCUACUUCGCCGACGAGAGGGUGCAGGUGCCAGAAACGGGAAAUACAGGAUUUAGCUUUAGAAAACUAUGGGCUUUCACGGGACCUGGCUUCUUAAUGUCCAUAGCCUAUCUGGAUCCUGGCAACAUAGAAUCAGAUCUGCGAUCCGGAGUGAUAGCAAGAUACAAGUUAUUAUGGAUACUACUAAGCGCUACUGCUCUAGGUCUCGUUAUGCAAAGACUCAGCGCGCGCCUCGGCGUAGUAACCGGCCUACAUCUGGCGGAGAUGUGUUACAGACAAUACAAAAAAGUACCUAGAUUAAUUUUGUGGAUAAUGAUUGAAAUAGCAAUUAUUGGUAGUGAUAUGCAAGAGGUAAUAGGGACGGCUAUUGCCCUUUACCUCUUAUCUAAUAAAGCGCUUCCUAUAUGGGGUGGCGUGCUUAUCACAGUAAUUGAUACAUUCACAUUUUUAUUCCUGGAUAAAUAUGGUUUGAGGAAAUUGGAGUUUUUCUUCGGUUUUCUCAUCACCAUCAUGGCUGUUACCUUCGGUUACGAGUAUGUCGUUUCCGCGCCACCUCAAAUUGAUGUUAUAAGAGGUAUGUUUGUUCCAUGGUACGAUGGAAUGAAUUACGAUAACAAAGUACUGCUUCAAGCAGUAGGAAUCGUCGGCGCGGUCAUUAUGCCGCAUAAUUUAUAUCUUCACAGUGCCUUGGUCAAAUCCCGAGAUAUUGAUCGAAGACAGCCUGCAAAAGUCAAAGAUGCCAACAUGUAUUACUUCAUUGAGGCCUGCAUCGCACUGUUCAUUUCAUUUAUAAUCAACGUGUUUGUCGUGGCUGUAUUUGCUCAUGGUCUUUUUAACAAGACAAACAAUGAUGUUUAUAAGGUUUGCGAAGCGAAUAAUUAUACUCUUGGCAUGGAUACUUUUGUUAAAAACAAUGAGACCUUCGAUGCUGAUCUUUAUAAGGGAGGCAUUUUUCUCGGUUGCUCUUUCGGCGCGGCCGCGAUGUACAUAUGGGCCGUUGGUAUUUUGGCCGCCGGUCAAUCAUCCACGAUGACAGGCACUUAUGCCGGUCAAUUUGCGAUGGAGGGAUUCCUGAAUCUGCAAUGGGCGCGAUGGAAACGAGUCCUCUUCACUCGAACAAUCGCAAUAGUUCCUACGUUUUUAGUAGCAUUCUUCGCCGACAUGAGCAAUUUGAGCAAUAUGAACGACAUUUUAAAUGCUAUAAUGAGCUUGCAAUUACCAUUCGCGACAUUGCCGACAAUCGCCUUCACAAGCUGCGCUCAAAUCAUGGGUGAAUUUCGAAACGGACUAGUGAACAAAAUCGUGUCGACUACUUUGUCGGUUCUAGUAAUAAUAAUAAACAUAUACUUCGUGGCACAAACUGUCCAAGAAACUCUGCCCCAUCAUUGGGCCAUAUACCUAGGCAUGUCUGUAUACGCAAUUUUAUAUCUUAUUUUCUGCGCUUACUUGGCUAUCCACAUGGCUGUGAGCAUGGGCGCAACAUCUCUUGGUAACAACUGGUUUAUUACUAAAUACAUUGGUACACCCGUAAGCCCGACGCUCGGUAUAUCGAAUCCUGCCGUCUAUGCUAGUUUACGCACGGUCAUGUGGUCAAAUGCAACGUGAGGAAGGAACGGCGCAAUUUACGAGCGAACAGCUGUUUCGGAAUAAGGGGAGUUUCAUUAGUAAACGCACCGCGCGCGCAUGCAAAACGAGUCGCACGAUGGGUUCUCGCGACAACGGGGAGUGCGCGGCGCGGGUCAACACGCACGCCACACUUCAACUCCGUUCGUACGUGUGGAACACGUAGUCCUCGCUAGAUCUUGACAUUGGACUCGCGUCGUAUGAAUGAAUCACCAAUGAAUUGUCGAAAGACUUAUAUGAAAGUCGCGAGGACAUAAAAAUUCUUUCACACUUGAGACAAAAAAACCUGUAGGCCUUGGUCAGUUUGAAUAUCUUUUGACACUCUCAUGGAUAUAUCGAUAUAAAUAGCUCAAGGACGAGAAGUAUCGCGUUGCGAAUAAUGUAACGUCAUCGUUACUUUUGUUUUUUUAAUAAUUUGGCAUAAUAGCAAUUUUGCGUAACCGUAAUGGUAAUGGCGAGUUUGAAUAGUCACUUUCAAUAUGAAAUUUGUUACAUGUUAUUACUCAUUUGAAAAAAAAAUAAUUAGUUAGAUUUUAUUCGUUAUGUAACGAAUAAAACUAACGUAUUAGUAUUCAAACUCUGAUUCAUAAAAUAAAAAAAAUUAACGUUAUUACCGUAAUGAAUCAUUAUAAAAUGAUAAUGUUAUAAUGUAAUUUGUUACUUCCUGUAAACAACUUUAAUAACAUGACGCUUUAGAAAACGAGUAUUUAAUUUUGAGAGCUUGAAGCUAUUUUUUUGUUGGAUCUAUAAUUUUUUUCGAGUCCGAAAUUACUUCGAAACGAUCGAAUUCAUUUUAAUGUCAGCAAGAAAUAUUGUGUAAAAAUAGAUAAUUUUAUCGAAAGAAAUGCCCAUAAUCGCUAAUAGAACAAAAACACGGAGAGAGCAAAAACGUAUGUAUGUCUUACACGUUCAGUGUACCUGAGGCCAUCCGAGUUGUACUUUAUUUAUUUUCUCGUAGCUUGAAACACAAGAAAGUAUUGAUGACUCACCUUGUGUAUAUCUACGUGACUUGCUACUCGUGGUAAGGGGACUAGCUACACUUUCUAUACUUUGUUCUCUACUUUCUCUCUCGGAUGGAAAAUAACACAUUAAAAGGAAACGGACAGUCUCACAAUAACGAAUUUAGUUGUAACAUAAUUUUAUCAGCGGACAAAUUUUAUAUAUGUGUGUGUGUUUGUGCGCGUGCGUACGAAACAAAUCCUGGCUGAUAAUUAAAAAUUUGUAUAUUUUCACAUUGCACGUAUGUACAUAAAAUUUUUUCGCAAUCGCUCAUUCGUUCAGUAUGUAUAAAUGUUCCUUUGAAAUAUAUAUUAUCCGUUAAUAGUAAUUAAUAUUUAGUAUUGUAGCCGCAAUACCGAUGAUAGAGUACACUUUAAAAUCCCUGUCAUUUUGAUAAAAACCCACGUAAUUUACACUUAAAAUACAUGUAACAACCGACUAUUGUACACGCUUGCAUGUACAAAAAGAUUUACUUUCUCCGUACGGAUAUAUUACAAUCUAUACGUUCAUAGAAUUAUAUAUAAUACAUACAAUCCACCUUAGAAAAUAUUAAAAGAACUAUACCUUCAUAUUUUUUAUACAGAUUGUUCCGGAAGUCAUGUAUCUCUUUCUAAAAUACAAACAUUAAAAAGCAGAUAUGAGGAAUAAAAUAAUUCUACAUAUACCUAACAUAGUUCGCAUAUUUUAAAAUAUGCGAUAAAAUAUUGUACAUACAUCUACAUAGUAUACAUAAGUCAUGUAGGCAUUCCAUUAUAACACAAUACAAACCUGAAUACAUAAAAGAAAGCUGAAAUGCGCUGUACCUUUUUGUAUGUGUUUUAAGAUAACAUUUGUAUUGUCUUAUAAAAAAAUGCGUGAAAAGGAAAAUAUUAAGCCAUUCUAACUUCUUACUUAGUACACAACUUACAGAUAAAAGUGUCUUUCAAAUCGAACUUUCGCCGUGGAUCAAUCGACUCAUUAUUCAGCGGCGGAUCUGCAGGCGAGAGAAAGUGUGCAACUUCCGAAACAGGCCGUAUA